AUGAAAACGGUAAUUAUCCGAUAUUUAGUGGUGAGCGCUCAGUCGUCCUACAAUAUACUUAUCGGCAGACCUACGCUGAACAAACUGGGAGCCAUAGUGUCAACAUCACAUCUGAAGGUGAAGUAUCCAUUGCCGAAUGGGGAUGUCGGGGUCCUCAAAGUAGAUCAAGAGGUCGCCCGAAAGUGUUACAAGGACAGUCUGAAGGCGAGAAGGCGUUUAUAUACCGCUCCAGCUGAGAAACACAUCCAUUCCGUUGAACUGGAUCCUAGAAUGGGUCAGUUCGAUCACCGACCCGCCCCCGCAGAAGAUGUCAAGGAAAUGGAGGUAAUGGAAGGGAGAAAUGUAAAGAUAGGUACUUCUUUAACUCCCGAGGACGAAGAGAGGUUGGUAAAGGUUCUAAAAGAAAAUGUGUCGGCGUUUCCAUGGCAUUCCAGCGACAUGCCUGGCAUUGAUCCAGAUUUCUUGUGCCACAAACUUGCUAUAGACCCUAGUGCGAAGGCGGUGAUCCAGAAGAGAAGGAAGUUCGGUGAGGAAAAGCGAAGGGCCAUUGCGGAAGAGACACAAAAGUUGGUAAAGGCGGGACAUGUCCGAGAAAUCCAGUAUCCAACCUGGUUAGCAAACGUAGUCAUGGUGCGCAAGAGUAAUGGAAAAUGGAGGAUGUGUACGGACUUCACUGACCUGAAUAGGGCCUGCCCAAAGGACUCGUACCCGCUACCAAACAUAGACUGCCUGGUGGAUGGAGCGUCGGGGUACUAG